AUCAUCAUCAUCUGGAGGCUGCUGGCGUGGAGCAAUAUGUGACUUCCCUGACAGACAUGCUGGAUCUGUAACUCUCUUAUACAAGGACAAGUGCCACGGUCACGACCAUGGGAUCCCGCGCCGGCACGCCACUUUACGCAUACGCCUGCGUCUAUUUAUUGGUCGUCACCCUGCAAGGGGCGCGAUGUCAGCGGCACCCCGGGACUAAUAAGCCGAAAGCCGCCCUCCGGCAGACUCUGCAGUGGUCGCACAACGGCAACGUCUUCAGCCUCCUGACGCAGGGCGCGGAGUACCAGGCGCCCAGGCGGCGGGGCGCGCCCCCGGAGCGCGUGCAGCCGCGCCCGCUCACCGUCAUCCACGACAACACCCGCCAGCCGCAGCAGCAGCAGGAGACGCCGCCGCCACCUGCCGCCUCCGAGACGCUCCCGGCGGCGCUGCAGCGGCUGGUGCGCGGGCGAGAGCACCGCAAAGUCCAGGAGGCGGAACAUAGCCGGCAGGCGAAUGACACCCGGGAGAAAGUCACCGUCAGCCCGCCUCUGCCCAGGGACGACAUGAUGAUGGGCGACGACCCCUACGACCCGUCCAAGUCCAUAGACAGCGACAACCCGUACUACAACCACUAUGACGUGUACGAGAGGCCCAGGUCCAGGUCCAGACCCGGAUAUGGCACAAGGUACCAUCAGUACGGUCUUCCUGACCUGGUGCUUGACCCUUACUACAUUCAGACGGCCGCUUACGUCCAGAGCAUGUCGAUGUACAACCUGAGAUGUGCGGCCGAGGAGAACUGCUUGUCCAGCUCAGCCCACUCGGCCCGGGACUACGACAGCCGCAUGCUGCUGCGCUUCCCCCAGAGAGUCAAGAACCAGGGCACGGCCGACUUCCUCCCCACCAGGCCGCGUUACGCCUGGGAGUGGCACAGCUGUCACCAGCACUUUCACAGCAUGGAUGAGUUCAGUCGCUACGAGCUGCUGGACACCGCCACGCAUCACCCGGUGGCCGAGGGGCACAAAGUCAGCUUCUGCCUGGAGGACACGUCCUGCGACUACGGCUACUACAGACGCUACGCCUGCACCUCGCACACGCAGGGUCUGAGUCCGGGAUGUUACGACACCUACAACGCGGACAUCGACUGCCAGUGGAUCGACAUCACGGACGUCAAACCGGGGAACUACAUCCUGAAGGUCAGCGUCAACCCCUUCUACCAGGUGCCCGAGGAGGACUACACCAACAACAACGUGCGCUGCGACGUCCGCUACACGGGGAACUACGCCUACCUGUCCGGUUGUCACGUGUCCACGUAUUAAUGGAGGACUGGCGGCUGUGUGACGGACACUGAGGAGGAGCGCAUAUGAAAGUCUUUACAAGUUUGUUUAGUUUAGACGUGACUAGAAUCUGACUGUUGUCUCUGCAUGCUGUGUUCCUUCUUUGUGUGAAAGCCAUUGAUUUGCCUCUUUUCUUGUUUCCCUUUAAAGCAGGGGUCACCAACCUUUUUGAAACCAAGAGCUACUUCUUGGGUACUGAUUAAUGCCAAGGGCUACCAGUUUGAUACACGCUUAAAUAAAUUGCCAGAAAUAGCCAAUUUGCUCAAUUUACCUUUAAUAAAUAAAUCUAUAUAUAUAAAAAAAAUGGGUAUUUCUAUCUGUUUUUUUUUUCUUUUACAGAAGGUUUUUUGUAGAGAAUAAAUGAUGAAAAAAACACUUAAUUGAAUGGUUUAAAAGAGGAGAAAACACGAAAAAAAUGAACAUUUAAUUUUGAAACAUAGUUUAUCUUCAAUUUCGACUCUUUAAAAUUCAAAAUUCAACCGAAAAAAAUGAAGAGAAAAACGAGCUAAUUCGAAUCUUUUUGAAAAAAUUAAAAAAAAUAAUUUAUGGAACAUCGUUAGUUAUUUUUCCUGAUUAAGAUUAAUUUUAGAGUUUUGAUGACAUGUUUUAAAUAGGUUAAAAUCCAAUCUGAAUUUUGUUAGAAUAUAUAACAAAUUGGACCAAGCUAUAUUUCUAACAAAGACAAAUCAUUAUUUCUUCUAGAUUUUCCAGGACACGAAAUUUUAAAAGAAAUCCAAAAUACUUUAAAAUAAGAUUUAAAUUUGAUUCUACAGAUUUUCCAGAUUUGCCAGAAAAAUUUCUUGGAAUUUUAAUCAUAAUAAGUUUGAAGAAAUAUUUAAAUAAUAUUGUUCGUCGUAAAAACAGAAGCUAAAAUGAAGAAUUAAAUUAAAAUGUAUUUAUUAUUCUUUACAAUAAAAACGUUAAUUUACUUGGAAAUUGAUUUAAAUUGUCAGGAAAGAAGAGGAAGGAAUUUAAAAGGUAAAAAGGUAUAUGUGUUUAAAAAUCCUAAAAAUAAUUUUUAAGGUUGUAUUUUUUCUCUAAAAUUGUCUUUUUGAAAGUUAUAAGAAGCAAAGUAAGAAAAUAAAUGAAUUUAUUUAAACAAGUGAAGACAAAGUUUUUAAAAUAUUUUCUUGGAUUUUCAAAUUCUAUUUGAGUUUUGUCUCUCUUAGAAUUAAAAAUGUCGAGCAAAGCGAGACCAGCUUGCUAGUAAAUAAAUACAAUUUAAAAAAUAGAGGCAGCUCACUGGUAAGUGCUGCUAUUUGAGCUAUUUUUAGAACAGGCCAGCGGGCGACUCAUCUGGUCCUUACGGGCGACCUGGUGCCCGCGGGCACCGUGUUGGUGACCCCUGCUAUUUAAAGCAUCCCAAAUCAUAAAAAGCUUUAAAAUUGUUUUGAAAUGUAAAAAAAAAGAUGAAAUAUUUAGCCUUUUUUUUUUUUUUUUUUUUAAAUCACUGUCAAUGUGACAGUCUAGUGCACAGGUGUCAAACUCAAGGCCCGCCACUUCAUUUUAUUUGGCCCUGGAAAUAAUAUUUAUAAAUAAAGUACUGUAACUUUUCUUACUAAAUGUAUUAUUUCUAUCUAUUUUGGGAGAAGAACUCCAUUUAACCACAAUUGAUGUUAACUUAAAUAUUGUCUAAUUAUGCAAAUAAAAAUAUAUUAUCCAUAUUA